AUGGAAACAUUCCAUGCAUCUGAAAAUGCUGUGAAGCUGGCCAAGUGCCACUUGGAGGAUGAGCAAGAGCUGCAGAGGAUAUGGCAGUGCAUCUGCCUGGGUGAGUACAUCUCGCCUGAUGGGGAGCACAUCAAGAUCCAGCCCCCCAGUAUGCUUGCAAUAGAAGUCACCAACACAUUCAAGAAGCAUCCCUACCACUCCAAGUUCAUCAAUGAUCAAGCACUCAAGACCUCUGUGGAAGAUCUUCUACAGGAGCUAGCAGCAGUGAAAGCAUCAUCCAAGGCAGAGGAGCAGGGCAUGUGCACCUGUUCUUCAUCCACAACAGAGCAGUGCAGACUUCUGGCACUCGCCAAGGUUUCUCAGUUCACUUGCUGA